AUGGUCUCUCAAGGGCCCUCGGGCCCCCAGAAGUCCCUUGAAAACCCUACACAUGAUUCCUUGGGGUCUGAAGAGCCACUAAGAGUCCUCGUGGUAGGGGAUGCGGCUUCAGGCAAGACAGCGCUGCUGCAGCUGCUGCAACAACAUGCCGCAGAGCUGGCGCAUGCCUGCAUCGCGCAGCAAGACGAAGACAAAGGCUCCGCCGCUGCCACGGGUAUGGCCUUCAACCCGCGUUCCUGUGCUGCACUGCCGCACUCUUUGAAACGGGACGGCUCCUGUUCUUCGGCAGCAGCUGCGGCCUCCUCAGCACCACCAUCCGAAGAACUCGCUUCUUGCGCGCCUUCCCUACCCGCUCUUUUGGGCUACCGGCGAACCUGCGGGGUGAACGUUGUACCCCUGAGAUGCGCAGAUCCCUCAGGAGAAAUGCGACUGGUAGAGUUCUGGGAGAUCGGCGGCUCCAGUGCGACGAAAGCUACCAGACCUCUUCUUUACGCUCUACCUUUCGAUGGGGUCUGGCUGGCGUACGACAGCAGCAAUGAAGCGGCAUACAGAGCAUUGCCUGCCUGGUUGCUGGAGUUAUGCAUGCGCGCGGGCACCCGGCCGUCUCAAGUCUUUUUCAACCAGCAGCAGCAGCAGCAGCAGCAGCAGCAGCAGCAGCAGCAGCAGCAGCAGCAGCAGCAACAGCAACAGGAACUGCUGCGUCUACGCCAGCAACGGCAGCAG